AUAAUAACAAGUUAAACUUUACCUUCUUCCUUCCUCUUUAUCACCGGAAAAAAGUUGCCAAAUCCUCCUAACCGCCGGCGUACCUCUCUGUUUCCGGCCAGAUUAAAUCGAUCAAACAAAAUGGCGGAGAAAACCCAGAGCAAAAACCGGGAUUCAAUCCCACCAUACAUAAAAUCCAUAGCAGGAUCACUUGGAGGAGUAGUGGAGGCGGCUUGUUUGCAGCCGACCGACGUCGUAAAGACCCGGCUUCAGCUGGACCGGACGGGAUAUUACAAAGGGAUAGCUCACUGCGGCUCAACCAUCGUUAAGAACGAAGGGAUUCCGGCUUUGUGGAAAGGUUUAACUCCGUUUGCGACUCACUUGACGUGCAAGUACGCGCUCCGGAUGGGUUCCAAUGAAAUUUUCAAGUCGGCGUUUAAAGACGGCGAAACAGGGAAGCUUAGCCUUCAUGGCCGGCUUCUCUCCGGGUUUGCUUCCGGGGUGGUUGAGGCGCUUGUUGUUGUCACCCCUUUUGAGGUGGUUAAAAUCAGGUUGCAACAACAAAAAGGUCUAAAAUACGAACUUUUGAAGUACAAAGGACCAGUCCAUUGUGCUACGACAAUCAUUCGCGAAGAAGGGUUUCGCGGGCUCUGGGCUGGAGCCGCGCCAACCGUAAUGCGCAACGGGCCAAACCAGGCCGCCAUGUUCACGGCUAAAGAUGCAUUUGAUGCGAUGGUGUGGAAGAAACAAGAAGGCGAUGGACAAGUACUGAAACCAUGGCAGUCCAUGAUCUCUGGAUUUUUUGCCGGAACAGUUGGGCCGGUAUGCACCGGCCCGUUUGACGUCGUGAAGACGAGGCUGAUGGUUCAGAGCAAGCCAGGGGCUGAAUUGAAGUAUAAGGGCAUGGUUCAUGCAAUUGGAACAAUAUACAAAGAGGAAGGAGUUUUUGCUUUGUGGAAGGGACUUUUGCCUAGGCUUAUGAGGAUCCCAACUGGUGGAGCCAUUAUGUGGGCUGUUGCUGACCAAGUUACUGGUUUCUAUGAGAAGAGUUACAUGGAGAAGAUACCCAUCUAGAGAGAAGCAAUAUUGGGAUUUUAGGGCUUCUUUAACUCUCUUGAGGAAGCAAUUGCUACACUUCACAUAUUUUGCAUGCUAUUUUAUUUUAGAUCUUUGAGAAAUAGGUGAGUUUUGUUUCGUAACAUAUUGGAUCAGUUUCUUAUAGUACUACAAAUUGUCAUUCGAAGUCCAAGAGAUAUAUUCGAUUCAAUUGUUAUUCGUUAAAAUAAAGCAUCUUAUACGAAUUUUGCCAUGUGCAACUUGGAAAUAUAAGAUGGAAUGACAAGUGAACAUGCAUUUUCGAAACAAUUUAUCUUUUCAGGC